GAAUUUCACAUGACCUAUUAAUAUAAUAUCUAUUGUUUUUGGGGUUUUUUUUAUUCAAAAUGAUCCUGCUUGCGACUGUCAUAACUGUGUUGACCUGCAGUAGGAUUGCCGGAUACCUUUUGCAAGAUGGCGUCUAUCUUAGGCCGGUUGUACCAAAACUGCCGCAGUAUUCACUGUACGGCAAGUCGAUGGUUCUGGUUGGUGGACAUCUGUGGGAUAACAACACAGAGGUGUACGAUACAAUCAUUCGACUAGCGGGAGGAAAAGGAGUUGCCAAAAUAGGAAUCAUCAAUGCAGCAAGCGCCGAUCCAAUAGGCGGGUACCAGUUCUACAGAGAUCAGUUUCUCAAAUACGGCGUGCUGGAAGCAAAUAGGAUACCAGUCGACUUAAAUCAUACAACGAACAACGCAAAACAGGAAGUGCUAGAACUGAUUUAUAAUCAGACUGGUUUCUUCUUCGGUGGAGGGGAUCAAGCUCGGGUUAUACAGUCAUUUCUAGGAACUCUAGGAGACUUCAGCCAAGCUUUGUUGGCACUUCAUCAAAUGUUUGAAAGUGGUGCUGUGAUAUCGGGAACCAGCGCGGGUACGACUUGCCAGACUGCCAACUACAUGAUCAAAAGUGGUGUAAGUUAUGAUUCCCUAUUGUACGGAUCAUUUCCGGAUCAUGAACUGGACCAUAGCAGGCGUGAUGCCAUGGUGUACAGUAGCCUUGGCGGACUUGGGUUUAUGAAAGGAUACGUGCUUGAUACUCAUUUCAGUCAGCGCGGACGAGAGGGUCGUAUGAUAAGGAUGCUAUCAGAUACAAGGUCUCUUGCUAAAGGCAGCAAUUACGGAAUUGGUGUAGAUGAGAACACUGCACUGGUCGUUACACACGCAGAUACAAACAGAGCUAGUGGAGAGGUCAUUGGUGCAUCAGGGAUUUCAGUCUUUGACUUGUCCAAGGCGCGAAUACAACAAUCAGCUUACUUUCACAUCAACGACGUCUACAUGACGUAUCUAACGCAUGGUGACGUCAUCAGACUUUCGGAUCGUUCCGUCACAUUUUCAGCACAAAAAUCGCAAAUGGCUGGGCACGAAAACUACGAUGAUGUUCUAACGAGCGAUGAUGUGUUUUAUGGAAGCAAAAGUGACAGCAGUCGGAAGCCCGAAUUCGUCCGAAUGGCUACAAGCGUCUUUGACGCCAGGAAUAGUCGGCAGACGCAUGGUUUAACGUAUGAAACGAACCCUAGGUUUAGAGUAGACGUUUCUGGAUCAGGCCAUGACGCAGAAGGAUGGGUUGAGAGAAAACAUUCUUUUCAUUCAGACAUUUCUUCCUAUAAAAACUUGCAUGUGAAUAUAUAUGAAGGUUGAUCCAGUGUAUUGUAAAACGUCAAAAGUUACGUUAAUGUACGACCUAGAAAUUUG